AUGGUGUGUAAAGAGUGCAUUCUCCAGAUCGGUGCUGAUCAGUUUGUGAUCCCCAUCGAAUCUGUUCUCAAAACGUUUGGUUCCAAAAUUGAAAUGUUUAUAGACACAACAUCCCGGACAGAUACGUACACGAAAUACGUCAUUAGGAGGCCCAAAGACUCUACCAUGGCUCUGAUAGAAUACUGCUAUACCGGACAGCUUCACAUUCCUAAGAGUAUCUGCAAGGGCGUGUUUCUAACAGAGCUGAAGUUCUGGGGAGUGAAUCACAGCCUGCUGGAAACAUGCUGCUAUCACAAGCUCUGUGCUUUCGUGAACGAUCAGAAAAUGCUCAAAGGAUUCGAAAAUAUGCACAAGAAACCAGAAAAUAGCAGUGCUGGGCGAAACGUGAACGCAAAAGAAAAAAUAUGGGGUAUUGUCAACUGUGAUCGAAAUUCAACGUGUUCAAAAGUGUAUUUCUGUGUUUCAACAACCUUUGUACUGAUGACGAUUGCUAUCCUCGCCCUUACAAGCAUGAAUGACGUACAAGAUACAGGACAGUAUCCCGACAUGACAGACGUGCAAGAGACCGCACAUCAGAAUAUGUCUGCAUCAGCAGUUAACUUGAAUGUGUCGACAACCCUUAAUCCGUUAUCGAAUAUCAGUCAACCUACCGCUACCGAAGAUCCCACUACGCCGCCUGGUGUCGGUAAUGUUGAACCAACCGAACUGAUAUACCCUCCAGUUUCUAUUUACGUGAAUUGUGAUCCCUGCUGUCACCUAAACGGCACGAGCCCGGGGCAAAUACCAAAUAGAAGAACCAAUUUGAGAGUAGAAAAUACAGACAUUCACCUGAAAAUCCUAGAAUGUUGUUUGUUCUAUAUAUUACAGCCAAGCGCAAUACAAGCGAAUGAGAUGGUCGAACCCCCUACUGACUACAAGGACUCUGAGGACGUUUAUGAUGUAGACAAAUCUACAAUACCAAUACCUGAUUUUACCUAUCAUAAUUAUGAUAGUGCUAUCAAUCAAACAAGCCGAUUAAAUGAAAUGAAGGCAUUUUCAGGGUUUGUUAACGUCACGCCACACUCUUCCUUCCAAGACAUGGCUAGUGCUAUCCCAAAUACUACUGCUGAUCACAGGCUUAGUCCUUCAAAUAUCAGUUUUGAAAAAAUCAAAACUGUUAAAAUAAAUAUCACAGCAGAUCAUCUAAGUGUCAAGGUGAAACUGAGUGACUUCGUUUUGAAUACAGUCUUAAAUUCCAAGGAAAAGUUGUACUCAUUCGCCUCAUCACUAAAGCUAAACAGCAUAACAUAUUUAGAAAAUGUUAUAUGUUAUUACAUGGAGUACGUCCUAAUGGCAUUCUUUAGUGUUGAGUUUGUCCUCAGACUCAUCACAUGUCCGAUCAAAAAGGAGUUUCUCAGCGGCGUGCUGAACUGGUUAGACCUAAUCCUUCUCCUUGGCAGUUUCGGGAGAAUUUUGUUGGAUUUACGGAGUGAUUUGAUGGAGACUAUGACCGUGGUGUACGACCUGCUCCUUUAUUUACAAAUGUUCCGUGUAUUUCGUCUCUUCAGGACAAUAGAACAUAUCAAAGCAUUUAAGGUCCUUCGUUAUUCCCUUGUUACUGGUAUGAAAGACAUUUGCGUUCUAGGCAUGUACGUCAUGGUAACAAUGUGCCUAUUCUCCAACUUCAUCUACUUUGUUGAAAAUAAAUCGGAUUUUCCCAGCAUUCCCGCGGCAUGGUGGUGGAGUAUCGUAACCAUGACAACGGUAGGAUAUGGAGAUAUGGUACCGAAGACGGUGUUGGGAAAGUUGAUUGGCUGUAUCUGUGCUCUGUCAGGAGUUGUGUUAUUUUCCCUCAUCAUACCAGUAUUUGUAACCACGUUCCUGAACGCCUAUGAAUACGCGAAUGGGUCGCUUGAUGACGAUCAGUGGAAUGACGACUCUAAGAAAAGGAUUUCAAUAAGUCUAUGUAAUGUUGAACAUGAGUCUCCCGAAUGCCAGGAAAGAGAAAUAUGUGGUUUGUGCGAUAUUGAAGUUAACUGCAUCGGGCAUAAAGAACACACUAGAAACACAAUCGAACUCGGAAUCUCCAACGGAAAUCUCCAACAGAAAUCUGUAAAGGAAAACCAAGAGACUAUUUGUAUUUGAAGUUACACGCUGCUCAAUAACAACUUCAAAUGGAAUCGAUGGAAAUUAGAUUGAGCUUGCCGAUGCCCAUUCAUAUCCAUGGACAGAUUUCCCAAUAGGAAAAUUUGGGUUAUUACAACAACUGGUCGUAUCGCGCAUAUAUCGAGUGACGAGGAACUGGACCGUCUAUGGGGCUCGUUCACCCAGGAGCAUGCCAGCGAUUAACUUUAUUCUUUGACGCGCAUGAUUCAUGAUAUGUAUAUAUAUGUGUGUAAACUCUAUUUCAUAUUAGUAAUAUAUAUUAUACAGUUAUAACAGCAUGCUACCUGGCGUUUUUAUUACUCGUUGUGUGUUAGUGCUGACUUUUUCAGAAAAAAAAAUCCUCUCCAGCACUUCUUCAUCCAGAUUACCGAAACUUGUAGAUAAAGCCAUUUUCCGAAAUGUUCCUGUAGCAUUCCCUGGAACCAUUUCAGUAAACAAACUGUGUCUGCUUCGUCUCGAAAACGCGUAUGCAUUGUCAAUCAGAAUGAAUGAAGAAAAAAGGCGAAAAUAUUAAUGCGCUCAUUCCGGGUAAAUAACACCUUUGACUACCAAUAUGGUUUAGAGCAUUUUGGGACGAUGUGGUUCAAAUAGCAUUUCUAUUUUCUUCUUUUUAUAUAGUGUAAAAUAAGGAAAGGGUAUAAUGACAUCAUAUGUAGAUUACAUAAAGUCUAUAGAACAGCUAAAAAAUGCAACAUACACUUUACAAUGUAUGUCAGUAUGAGUUUUACGUGUUUGUUUAUACCAGUUAUCAACCAGUGCAAAAAGUCUGUACAAUUGUAGAAUCACGGGCAUAAACCUUACAUGCCUAUAUAAUUCAAGUUUGCGUAGUCAAGGAAGCUAUAAUAAGUUGAUUCUAACCAUUAGAACCACAUUCUCAACAUUCCGACUGAUUAAAAUCAAUCAGCUUCCUUGCAUUUUCAUAAUUUAAUAUCAUUUAUUAAUAUAUAUUGUAAAAGAACCAAUGCAUGUGAUGUUGUUAUUGUAUUACUUGUGUAAGUUUCCUUUUCCUACUGAUGAUUGUAUUUUACAAAUGAAAAGUUAUAUUUUUGUUCUCUUUAAACAAGGUAUUGGAGUAAUUUGAUCGAUAAAAUCAAUAAGACUAAGUCUAAAAUCAUGGUCUAUCCAAUGCUUGAAUACUAGGUACUUACUUGACAAGGUUCCAGGUAACCAAGGUUGAUCAUUUUCAACCUUCAAUUAGAAUCGAGGUCAGAAAAAAACACAUGUACUGAUGUACAUGUAGUUUUGUUCUUUUUCAGUAGAUUGUGGAUUUCACCAGUCACUCGUCCAUGUUUAACACGACAUCGGUAUAUUGAUCUACAAUUAGAUACUUUCUUUUUGUAUUGUUAUGUAACUUUAUAAAGAGGGCUACUGGUAGCUUAGAUACUAGAUAAUAUACAGCGAUUCUUCGUCUUCGUCCCAGCUGGUAUUAUCAGAUUAAAUACAUGUUAAAGAAAAUACAUGAUUAAGCAGUAAGUUGUUAUUUAUGUAUGUUUACAUCUACAUUGAUCGUAUCAAUGUACGUAUGUAGGUAAAAACUAAUGACAACAUCCAGGAAAAUACAAUCGCAGUUAUCAGAAUUUCGUUACAUUGUAUCUUUUUACUUUUGUAACUAUUUCUUUCAUGUGUUGAAUUACUACAGUCUUACGGAUAUUACAGUCAAUGGUCUCAAAGUAUAUAUUCUUUAUGUAUUAAUGUUAAGUAUGAUCAUGUGCCUUUCAGUCUUUGUGAUUGUGCUCUGUAUAAGUCUUAUGCAAACAUUUUUGUUUAUAUGUCGUGUUGUUCCUGUCGUGCGUGAUCAAUCGGCAAACCUAAUGACGAUAGAUCUCUAUAUUAUUCCUGUUGAAACCCAUUAUUAUUUUAUGGUUUUUGAAGACAGGUUGUAUGAUCUGCAUGCAGGCAAAGUAAUUAUUGUAUUUCUACAUUAUGUCGAAAAUAUUAAGAUAGUAUCUGGAACUAGUAGAGUAUAAGGCUAAAAGGAGAAAAAAACUAAUGUUUUUGAUUUCUUUCAAACUCAUUAUAAAGAUUAUAAUAUUGUAAGUAUCCAAGACAUCUAUUUAAAAAAAAAAAGACCUAGAAAAAGAAAUUUUGGAGCAAUGGGGAUAUAAAUGUUAUUUCAACUCGUAUAAAAAAACUACUCAAGGGGAGUCAAGGUAAUAUUUUAGCACUUGAUAUUUGAAUUGAAAAAAAAAUAGGUUCACACUAAUUAACAUCUACAGCAUCUAUCACGUCGAAAUUGUGAUGAUGUAGAUUUUUCCAAAACAAAUUAUGAACCGAUAAAUAUUUACAAUAAUCCUAACUGUAUCAUAUAUAGAUAUUUCAAUUUAGUUUUAGACCUGACAUGGAUACUGAAAUUACAUACAUGUAAACAACCCCAGUGCACGUAUACAACUUGAUAAUUUGACAAUUUGAUUUAUCAUUUUAGACUUUUUUAUCCAAACUGCAAACGAUAUAGGGAAAGGAGAAGGGAAGAUCAUAUCAAACAAACUAGAUCAGAUUUCUUCCUUACCACAGAUAACCUAAAAAACAUAAUCGAUAAGACCAACAUUUAUGUUGGAUACAGAUCAGAUCAUUCCAUAAUAACUCUUUUGUUAAAGAAAAAGGCUUAUGGAAAUUUAAUAACAACCUUUUAUGUCACCAGAAUAUGUGCAAAAAUUUAAGGAUGCAAUAAAAAAAACAUUGAAAUAUUGAAAUACAGUAUGCUUCUCCCGUUUAUAAUAAUGACAUCAUAAAUAUACCAGAUUCUGAACUUUACUAAGUGUUGAUGAUCAACAUUUUUGGAAAUAUUGCUAAUGGAGAUCAGGGGAAUAACUAUUUUACAUUCAUCAUUUAGAAAAAAGGAAAGAGAUAGCAGAGAAAAAAAAUAAUGCUUGAGUAUCUAAAAAGGAAAUAUAUGAAGAAUAAAAUAAUAAACUAGAAAACCUUAGAAAAACUCAGAUGAAGGGAUAUAUGAUCCGAUCUAAAGUAACUUCGCUAGAUGAGGGGGAAAACCAUCAAAAUAUAUGCAGAUCAUUCUGAUCGAAAAUGUAGAUCUGGAUCAUCUUUUAAGUGGUUUUGAUUUUGUUAAACUAAGUGACAAUGAGAAAGUACAAUUAGAGGGGGGAUUAACAGAAGCAGUAUUAUUUCUAAAACACAAACUGGAUUGGAAGACAUAUUGGUGAAAACACUAGACUUAUAUAUAAUGAUAUUAUUAAUGACUCUGAACUAAAUAAUAGACCAGGUCUUCUGUUAUUUAUUGAUUUCGAAAGGGCAUUUGAUUCAGUCUCAUGGAAUUUUCUACAUAAAGUCAUUUAUUUUUUUAAUUUUGGAGAAAGCAUUAAAAGAUGGAUAUAAACCCUAUAUAAUAAAACUUUUCUGCUGUUGUAUGUUGUCAAAAUUCUUUAACAUACAAAGGGACUGUCGACAAGGGGAUCCUGUCUCCCCAUAUCUCUUUUUGCUUGUUGCUGAAAUACUUGCUAAUCUCAUAAAAAAAUAAUAACAACAUCAAGGGUAUCAAAGUACAUCGAAAAGAUGAUAAACUCACACAGUUUGCAGAUGACACCUCAAUAAUUUUAGAUGGAUCUAGAAACUCAUUCAACGAAACUCAAAUUGGAACUCAAAUGGGGAGAAGCAACAUUUUAUUCUGCUUGGAGUUGAUUUUUCGGUGAAUCUAGAUGAGAUAGUUAUGUUAAAUUACUCAAUAAAACUAAAUAAUAUAAAAAAAAAAUAGUUUAAACCAUUGGUAAAGAAGAAUUCUGACACCUAUUCGAAGGAUAUUAGUUGUGAACUCAAUCAUAAUACCAAAAUUUAACCAUUUGUUUAUAUCCAUUCAAACUCCUGACAACACCUAAACCUACAACUAAAAACUUUGUUUUUCAACUUCAUUUGACAAUCUUCAGUUGACAAAAUAAAAACAAAUACUAUAAUUCAAAGCUAUGUCAAUGGAGGUCUCAAAAUGAUUAAUAUUUCACAAUUUCUUAGUCUAAAGUCUACAUGGAUGAGAACGCUACUUCAAAAUGAUAAGAAGGGCUUGAUAGAUAUUUUUGAACCGAACACUUCCCAAUAAAUCAUUUAUCAGACAUAAGAACUGAUUUCAUUAAAGAUCUUAGAACUAAUAAUACCUUUUAGAAACAUGUUUUGAAGGCAUGGGUUAAAAUUUCAGAAGCAACAAAGGUGCAGACUCCAAGUGAAUUUCUAUAUCUUCCUAUUUGGUACAACUCGAUUUGGGUAGGGAAACUGUCUACUUUAUGAAAGUAUAUGUCGUACAAUCAAACAAAGUUGUCAAAAUUUAAAUUCAAACAUAGGGGGAGAUAAUACUAUAGAAAGACAUUUUAUACUCAGUCAUAUUCACAUUUUAUUAAAACGUGAAAAGUGUUGCAAAGAUAUAUAUUUAUGUUUGAUUAAAAGAAGUAAAUAUAUGAUAACAUCAGAGCAAAAAUGGCUACAACACUGCAUUCUUCCAAUGCAUAGCAAUGUGGUUAUAUGUCUAACACAUAUGUACAAUAUGAUAAAUGUUUUUAAUGCAAAUUCCAAAUUUAUCAGAGUCAGUGUUACAGACGAACCAUGCUAAUUUCCAUCAGUAUCUAAAUGUUAUUUUUGUCUAAUGAUUUUAACUUUCGACUAAGCAAACCCUGUAAUCUAGCUAUUGCUAACUUCAAAGCAGUAUGUUUAUCUGAAAUGGAAACCUAUUUUACAUUUAUAUAUAAUGCUUUGGCAUGUAUUAAGCAGAUUUUUAUUAUUUUACGAGGUCUGAUUGAUAUGUUGUGAGCCUCGUAUUGAAGGAUUUGCCGGACAUAUUGUACUAUUCUUCAACAUAAUCUCCUACAGCAUCUAUUCACUUUUGCCAGCCGUGAGUCUCAUUGUCAAUUUUAUAGAGCUGAAAGUGGGUGCCUGAAAAAGCUUUUUACUUUUUCUCCCUAUCAAUCUCAAAUGUAAUUGUAACCGUCUUUUUGUCUAUAUGCAGCGUAGCAAUUUGAAAUGUUAGCUGUGGUAAAAGUAAUGAUCUUACUAUUAGUAUUCUCACUAAUAUAAUUAGUUUCCACAUUUUCCCAUUCUCUGUUAUUAUUUAUUAUUUAUUAUUAUCACUAUUUUCCUGAGAGAUGUCGACAACUGACGAUGACAUUAACAACACAAGUUUCGAGAGUUGAGGUUGGUGAAGACCAUGGGAAAUGUUAUAGUCGACAUCAUGUCUUUUGGAAAGAAAUAUGUUUGGAUAAUAGUUUCCUUAUUAUGUCGGUCUUUUUUGUUGCCAAUGUACAUUGAACUUAAACGAUCAUUGUGAUAACCAAGAGCAUAAGAACUUAUGUCCUAGCAACAUUCCUUACAGCGAAAACAGAAUAUGUGAAAAGGAAUCAGUAUAUAUCUGGAUCCAUUUGUUAAUAUCAGGACCUAUUAUGGGAUGUUGAAUUUCCACCGGGAGCACCAACAGGACAUUUCAUCCCUCGAUGUUCACUAUUAGUAUAUCUAACUACGCUUAAGUCAUUAAGCAAAUUUAAAUAUGCAUGACUAUAAUCAAUGCAUUAUCUAAGUCUUGAAAGUGUCCUAUACGAAUGAACUAUUAAACAGUCUUGGUAUGGUACCCGGUUGUCUAAGGCCAGCCUCCGGACAAUUAUCUAUGUACAUGUUGUAUCGAUGCCUAUAUAGAUAGCUAAUAGACGACAAUGUACUAGAUUUCAAUACUCAGAAACAGUCAAACGUGCGUUUGGUAGUAUCCUCUAAAGAAAUACUUUUAUGUUUUGAUUUCCAUUAACAUUGACAGUAUGGAUUAUAAAGAGUGCAUUCUCCAGAUCGGUGCUCAUCAGUUUGUAGUUCGCAUGGAAUCUGUUCUCAAAACUUUCGGGUCAAAGAUCGAAAUGUUCCUUGAUACAACAUCCCAGACAGAUGCAUACACGAAAUACGUUAUUAGGCGGCCCAAAGACUCUACCAUGGCUCUGGUAGAAUACUGCUAUACCGGACAGCUGCAUAUUCCUCAGAGUGUCUGCAAGGGCGAGUUUUUAACAGAGCUGCAGUUCUGGGGACUAAAUCAUAGCCUGCUGGAAAAAUGCUGCUAUCACAAGCUCUGUGCUUUCGUGAACGAUCAGAAAAUGCUCGAAGGGUUCGAAAAUAUGCACAAGAAACCAGAAAACAGUAGUGCUGGACGAAACGUGAACGCAAAGGAACGAAUAUGGGGUAUUGUCAACUGUGAUCGAAAGUCAACGUGUUCAAAGGUGUAUUUCUAUGUGUCGACAACCUUUGUACUGCUGAUGAUUGCCAAUCUUGCUCUGACUAGCAUGAACGAUGAACAGGACACCGUCCAGAAGGACAUGUCUGCAUUGGCAAUGGACAUGACUCAGACACCAGUCUCUGAUCUGAGAGUCAAUCCAACAACGGAUACAGAUCCUUCAAGUAAAACAAUGAAUUGCGUAACGACGACACCAAAACCGUUGAUGUUUUCUCCUAUGAUUAUCAAGGUGGAUUGCGCUAUUUGUAGUUUACUUUCACGUGGAAGCCCGGGGCUAUCGCCGACUGCAAAAAGAACCGAGUACAAAGUAGGAAAUACAGACGUUUACUUACACAUACCAAAAUGUUGUCGUCCGUUCGUGACGCAAUCAUUGCCAAUUUACGUGGCUAAGAUGGUUGACCCUCCUGCUGAUUACAUGGACUAUGGUGAUAAUAAGCCUGCUGAUUAUACUGAUUAUGGUAGUGACGACCCCAUGGAUCAGAAAAACCAAACACUUCUACAUUCGGGAUCUGUUCAGAUAAUGCCAAUUCCAGCAUCGAAUGAAAUGUCUAGUGGUAACAUUAAUCCAGGGGCAAAUCAUAGUAAAACAAACAGCAGUUCGCUAUUAUCACAAAACUUUACAAUAAUACGUGAUGACUCUAUCAAUGCGAGGAUUUUUACUGCUUUAAAGGAAACGAUUUUGACUU